AUGGCAGAAAUAUAUCAUGGUAAAGAAGAGAUUGAGAAGAUACUUAAUUGCUUAAAAAAUGAUCUCGAAAGAGAAAAAAUUGGGGAAGAACAAUAUGAAUAUGUUUUUCAACUAAAAAGAAUUGUUAGGGAUAAUGAAUCAGCAAAAAUAAUAGGUUCAGGAGAUGGAUUUUCUAUCUUGUUUCAAUUAGCAUUCCCUGAUGAUCUAAAACAAAAAAAAUCAAUCGAUGCAGCACGGUGUAUUUUCAAUACAAUGCUUCUUUAUGAUGAAUCAAGGGAUAUCUUUAUUGAGAAAAAGGGUAUUGAACGUAUUAUUAAGGAAUAUAUGUAUUUUUUGGAAUUACCUUUAAUUUAUAGAAAAGAAAAUUUUGAUCUAAUGUUUGUGCAUACGCGAAUUUUAUUUUUAUUAACAACACAACUUGGAAAGGCGAUAAUAAUAUUGAAAGAAUUGGGAAUUUUUCAAAUUAUUAAUAAUUGUUUAAAAUAUUUUGAAGCAUAUUUGAUCUCUAAUGAUUCAUGGUCAGAACAGGAUCUUCAUACUGUUCAGGAAUACUUAAAACUUCUUUUUAAUUUAAUACGACAUGAAGAUGCACAGUCUUUAAUUAAUAUAUCUCCUCUUAUUAAACUCUUGAAUUUAUCAUUUACUAAUUUAAUUAACCAACAGUUUACUUUUGAAAUCAUUAACUGUUUGCUAAAUCUUCCUAUUGCAACGUUUUUUGAUCAAGAACAUAUAUCUGAGCGAUGUGUUGGACAAUUACUUGACAUCUUAGAUACGCUUUUAUCAAGCAUUGAUUUGGAAAUUUAUUCGAAUGAUUCUCCUUCAUCUAUUACCUCAGAUACACUUAUUGAAACUAGAAUUCUUUCACUUGUUACUUUCCUUCGAAAGAUUCUUAAGUAUUCAACGGAGUCUAUUCGAGAAUUGUUAGUUUCUCGACUAUUACCACAAAGCAGAGAUCGAGAAAAUAUUCUUGGAAGAGGUAAUACGCUUUCAUCUAAAGCUCUCAGAGCUAUUACAGUACCAACCCCAUUGAUUCGUGAAUCCAUUUCAUGGUUACUUUAUGAACUUAAUCAUUUAAACGCAACGGAGUUUAUUAAUAGUAUAGGUUUUGGUUAUGCCUCUGGUUUUCUUGCAUCUCAAGGCAUUCCUUUUGUUUCCCCGAAUUCUAAGGAUUUUGAUGCUCCAUAUGGUAUUAACCCAAUUACUGGGCAAACACUUGAAGCAGAACGUAUGGCACUUUCUAAUCUUCCAGAAAUGACAGAAGAAGAGAAAGAGAGAGAUGCUGAACGACUUUUCAUUAUGUUUCAAAGGCUUGAAAAAAAUGGUAUUUUUUCUGUAAGGAAUCCAGUUAGAGAUGCAUUUGAAUCAGGGAAGUUUUCUGAAUAA